GCACUUGUCAUCACAACUGAAAUUGGCGACAGAGGAGGGGAAGCAUCAUGUUAUGGAAACCUAGGUACUGUGUUUCUGUCCGUUGGCCAAUACGACAAGGCUGAAGAGUAUCUCCAAAAAGCGCUUGUCAUCACAACUGAAAUUGGCGACAGAGGAGGGGAAGCAUCAUGUUAUGGAAACCUAGGUACUGUGUUUAAGUCGCUUGGCCAAUACAACAAGGCUGAAGAGUAUCUCCAAAAAGCACUUGUUAUCAGAACUGAAAUUGGCGACAGAGGAGGGGAAGCAUCAUGUUAUGGAAACCUAGGUACUGUGUUUAAGUCGCUUGGCCAAUACAACAAGGCUGAAGAGUAUCUCCAAAAAGCGCUUGUCAUCAGAACUGAAAUUGGCGACAGAGAAGGGGAGGCAACUGACUACGGAAACCUAGGUACUGUGUUUAGGUCGCUUGGCCAAUACGACAAGGCUGAAGAUUAUCUUCAAAAAGCACUUGUCAUCACAACUGAAAUUGGCGACAGAAAAGGGGAAGCAUCAUGUUAUGGAAACCUAGGUACUGUGUUUAAGUCGCUUGGCCAAUACAACAAGGCUGAAGAGUAUCUCCAAAAAGCGCUUGUCAUCAGAACUGAAAUUGGCGACAGAGAAGGGGAGGCAACUGACUACGGAAACCUAGGUACUGUGUUUAGGUCGCUUGGCCAAUACGACAAGGCUGAAGAUUAUCUUCAAAAAGCACUUGUCAUCACAACUGAAAUUGGCGACAGAAAAGGGGAAGUAUCAUGUUAUGGAAACCUAGGUAAUGUGUUUCUGUCCGUUGGCCAAUACGACAAGGCUGAAGAGUAUCUCCAAAAAGCGCUUGUCAUCACAACUGAAAUUGGCGACAGAGGAGGGGAAGCAUCAUGUUAUGGAAACCUAGGUAAUGUGUUUCUGUCCGUUGGCCAAUACGACAAGGCUGAAGAGUAUCUCCAAAAAUUCAAAACAUCACUUCUGGAGGACACAGGAAUAUAUCCCUACAAGCUGCUUUGUACUUUGCUUUGUGACACCGGAAAUGCUCGGGAUGCUCUUUAUGUUGAGGAGUUGGGUCGAGCUAGAGGCCUAUCAGACUUAAUGGCAGAGAAGUACUCGGUUGAAACGCACAUCUCUACUAAUCCACAAUCUUGGUUUGGCAUUGAGAACAUUUUAAGAAAGAAAAAUAACUGCACUUGUCUGUACAUUUCUUAUUUUCAGAAUCGUCUGCAUUUGUGGAUCUUGAAAACAAGUGGAGUCCUUCACUAUAGAAGAGUAUCACCAGAGAAUCUAGUUCAGGCUGGGUUGCCCAAAGAUUUGUCUUUGAGUCAAUUUUUGGAUGAUAAUUUCCGGAGUCUUGGUAUUUUGCCCACUAAAGAUUGUGAAGAUCGGUCCUUAAAUACGAUUAAAUUGGAACCUCUCUCCCCCGCACAAAAGAGCGCAGCAAGAUUGCGACUCGUGGAGGAGGACGAGGACGAGGACGAGGACGAGAAAGUGAUUUCAAGUCUAUCUUUUUGUUACAAAAUGUUUAUUGCCCCCGUUAAUGAUUUGCUUGAGGAGCCUGAAUUCGAAGUCAUUAUUGUUCCUGACCGCAGAUUGUACAAAGUUCCCUUUGCUGCCCUGAGUGAAAAGGAGGGAGCCGAAUACUUGUCAGAGACUCAUAAGAUCCGUAUCAUUCCUUCGUUGACAACACUCAAGAACAUUCAAGAUAGUCCAGAGGACUAUCACAGCAACACUGGUGCAUUGGUAAUAGGCAAUCCCAAGGUUAAUUGGCUGCAACCAUUGCCAGGUGCAAGAAAGGAAGCGGAGAUGGUCGGACGAUUGGUGGGUGUUCCGCCUCUAGUUGAAGAGAAAGCAACGAAGCAGGCGGUACUUGAGCGGAUAAGUUCAGUGAGCUUGAUACAUUUUGCUGCCCAUGGUAACGCGGAAAGAGGAGAAAUUGCACUCUCCCCCAUUCCUACUCCCAACAGUCAAAACGCUACCCCACCGAAGGAAGCUUACAUGUUGACGAUGGCUGAUGUCUCACGAGUGAAAGUCAGAGCUAAACUGGUGGUACUUAGCUGCUGUCACAGUGGAAGUGGAGAGAUAAAAGCUGAGGGAGUUAUAGGAAUUGCCCGUGCGUUCUUAGGAUCCGGUGCUCGCUCGGUGUUGGUUGCGCUGUGGGCCAUUCCAGACUCAGCAACAGAGCAGCUAAUGAGCCGGUUCUACGAACACCUCAUUGAAGGAAGAAGUGCCAGUGAAUCCCUUCAUCAGGCCAUGAAGUGGAUGAGAAAAAACCGCUUGAACAAAAUAUCUGAGUGGGCUUCGUUUACGCUGAUUGGAGAUGAUGUGAGACUCGAGUUUGACAAGCAGCGGCAAGACUCGGUGAGAACAGGAAAAAAGACCCCGAUAGAGUAAAUAAUGACAAGUACUCGAAGGGAACAGAGUUAAAAGACUUUUAGAUGGAUAAAUUAAAUAGAAAUGAGUAGAGAAAAUACUCUAUCCGGUAUUUC